UCGGCCCUUUAACUCUUUCAUUUAAAUGUAGCCAGGCAUGUACAUAUUUAUUGAUAGCUUGUUCUGUUCAAUAUUUUAAAACUCGCAGUAAUUAGUAUAAUAUCCCCGAGGUUUUCAGCUAACGUAACAAGCUAACCGGGCUCAAAUCAAAAGCUAGGUUUUGAGGAUUUUAAUUGGCAUCAACUGCCGAUUUCUCUUCGCCUGUCAACAUGGUCAACGUACACAAAGGUGUCCUUGUUGAAUGUGAUCCUGCCAUGAAACAGUUCCUCCUCUAUCUAGAUGAAAAAAUGGCCCUGGGAAAGAAGUUCAUCCUCAAGGACCUUGACGAUACACACCUCUUCAUCCUGGCGGAGGUGGUUCACACCCUUCAGGAGAGAGUUGGCGAGUUAAUGGACCAGAAUUCAUUCCCUUUUACACAAAAAUAACACUAAACUUUUUCAAAUGACUCUUUGUUGUUGGACUUUGGACUGUUUACGAGUUUGGCUUAAUAUGAACCUGGUUUGUAAUGUUUUAACUACAGACUGAAAUGGAGCUAUUGUCCGAUUUUUGUUACAUUGAUGUUAAAAAAAUAAUUAAAAAAAAAGCACAUUUUGCUCCUUGGUUGCACAGUGUGUGUGUUGGCUCAA